AUGUCCAAAGAUGGAGACUCUGAGCCCAAGCUGCCUAUCCAGCAGCUUGCGAUUCUCGCCAUUGCCCGAUUUUCAGAGCCCAUCGCCUACACCUCGAUAUACCCCUACGUCCCAGACAUGAUUCGCAGCUUCGGCGUCGCCGAGAACGACAUCGCCAGCUGGGCGGGCCUCAUCUCCGGCGCCUUCUCCCUAGCCCAGAGCCUCGCCGCCGUGCCCUGGAGCGGCGCUGCAGACCGCUACGGCCGUAAGCCCAUCCUCAUCAUCGGUCUGCUCAGCACCAUGACGUGCUUCGUCGUUUGGAGUCUGUCCAAGAGCCUAGCCAUGGCCAUAACCGUCCGCAUCAUUCAAGGCGGUAGCAAUGGAAAUAAAUUCGUCCCUGAAAAGAAGCUCCAGCCUCGCGCCUUCUCCAUCAUGCCAAUUGUCUGGUCCCUCGGCUCUGUCAUUGGCCCGGCCUUUGGCGGCUUCUUCGCCGAGCCCGCCAAGCGCUUCCCGGACCUCUUUGGCCGCAUCCCCUUCUUCAUCACCUUUCCCUACGCCCUACCCAACCUUCUCGCUAGCAUCUUCUUCCUAAUCUCCACAUUCAGCGUCACGUUUUUCCUCAAGGAAACCCUCGUGACAAAGCGCGAUCGUGACGACUGGGGCCUCCAGGUCGGUCAGCGCCUCACGCGCGUGUUUUCGCGCAGGCGGGCCCAGAUCGGACGGAACGGCGGCGGAGAAGGUCCCUCAACCUAUGAUGGCGGCGAUGUCAUGACACCUGCGUCUAGGCCUGCGACGAAUACCGCCGCCGGUGCCAAUACGCAGGCAGCCUGGGCCGAGGUCUUGACUUACCAGACAAUGCUUGCGCUCUUCUCUUACUCGUUCCUCUUUUUUCACUCGGUCUCGUUCGACCAGAACAUCAGCGUCUUCCUCAGUACACCCGUCAUCCCACGCACCCCGGACAACUACCGGCCGCCAUUCUACUUUAACGGCGGCUUUGGCCUCGACCCGGGCACCAUCGGGACCAUCUUCGUCAUCUACGGCAUCACCAGCGCUGCGAUCCAGUUCAUCGUGUAUCCGGUCCUGGUCACUCGCUUUGGCGUCUUGUGCACUUUUCACGUUUGCUCCAUCUUCCUGCCCAUCGUAUACUGCGCCACGCCGUACGCCUCGCUCUUCACCAGCGCGCGCGUCCGCUUCGCUGCCAUCGUUGUCGUCAUGCUCCUCAAGGCGUUCUGCCUCAUCAUGUCCUUCCCCUCCACCACAAUCCUUUUCAACAACUCGUGCCGGUCGCUGCGCGUCCUCAGCUCCGUCAACGGCCUCGCCACCAUGAUGAGCGGCAUCUUCCGUGCCGUCGGGCCGGCAUCCACCGGCCGCGUCUUCACAUGGGGCGCCCACCAUGGCUACAUAAUCAGCGCCUACUUCUUUCUCGGCGCCGCCGCCGCCCUCGGUGCCAUCCCUGGGUUUCUGAUCGUCGAGGGCGACGGCCCCACUGCGGCGGAGGAGCGGGCGGAGGUGGAGGCGGCGGCCGAGGGAGGGGAGGGGAGUGGUAGCCCAAGGUGCGACGAUGAGAGGCGGCCGCUGAUGGCGCGCCGGUGA